AUGGCGGAGAAUAGAGCGAGUGGGAAAAAAAUCACCAUUAACGUGAAAACACCAAAAGAUAGGAAAUCAGUCGAAAUCGAAGAUGAUGCUGAAAUCAAAGAUCUCAAACUCAUAGUGGCGGAAAAGUUCGAGACAAACCCAGAACUGGUGUGUUUGAUUUUUGCCGGAAAGAUCAUGAAGGACACGGACACGCUCAAGACACACAACAUCAAGGAAGGGUUAACGGUGUAUCUGGUCAUAAAGGCAGCACCGCGUGCAGAAUCGGAGAGUGCACGACGAGCACCGGCUGACGUGUCCCAGACACCGUUCGGAUUGAAUCAGCUCGGUGGUCUCGCUGGCCUUGGUGCACUCGGUGGUAACCAGACCAACUUUAUGGAUCUGCAAUCGCGCAUGCAGCACGAGUUGCUAGAUAACCCGGACCUGAUGCGCACCGUGCUGGACAAUCCGCUCGUCCAGCAGAUGAUGAACAGUCCGGACACGAUGCGCCAGAUACUGACCUCGAAUCCACAGAUGCAGGAGCUGAUGCAGCGCAACCCGGAAAUAUCGCACAUGCUGAACAACCCGGAGCUGUUGCGACAAACCAUGGAGCUAGCGCGUAACCCGUCGAUGUUGCAAGAGCUAAUGCGCUCGCAUGAUCGUGCCAUUUCCAACCUAGAGAGCGUCCCGGGCGGGUACAGUGCGCUGCAGCGAAUCUACCGCGACAUACAGGAACCGAUGAUGAACGCUACCUUCCGCAAUCCGUACUCGGGCGCGUCCGAUUCCGGCAGCACCAGCGGGGGCGGUGUCAAUCCGCAGCAGGGCACCGAAAACAGAAGUCCCCUGCCGAAUCCUUGGAGUAGCGCAGGUAGUGGAACGGCCGCAAGUGGUGGAAACCGUGGUACGGGCGGUGGUGCCGGAACGGAUGCUACCGGUACACCGCUCGGUCUGCUCAAUACACCGGCCAUGCAGAGUUUGAUACAGCAGAUGAGUGAAAACCCGUCCGUGAUGUCGAACAUGCUGAACUCACCGGCCACUCGUAGCAUGAUGGAAGCGCUGAAUGCCGAUCCGGCAAUGGCCGCCCACUUGAUGAGCCAAAAUCCGCUGCUGGCCAACAAUCCGGGAUUGCAGGAUCAGCUUCGUACGAUGAUGCCACAGCUGUUGCGACAGAUGCAGAAUCCUGAGGUGCAACAGAUGGUCACCAAUCCGCAAGCAUUGAAUGCGAUCCUGCAGAUCCAGCAAGGCAUGGAGCAGCUACGUUCGGCCGCACCCGGGCUGAUGAGUUCGAUGGGUAUCCCACCAAUGCCGGGCGCACCGCCAUCGACCGGUGCGGGUGCAACGAACACGAGCAGUUCAGCGGCCGGAACGGGAGCGACCGGUGCCGCCGCCGCCGCCGGUGCACAGCCACCAAACAAUGACGGUCUGUUUUCGGAGUUUAUGGCCCGCAUGAUAAACGGGAUGGCGUCCGGUACGUCCGAUACGAACAUUCCACCCGAGGAACGCUAUCGUUCCCAGUUGGAGCAACUGACGGCGAUGGGAUUCGUCAAUCGGGAAGCUAACCUGCAGGCGUUGAUUGCUUCGUUCGGUGACAUUAAUGCGGCCGUCGAGCGAUUGCUAGCCCUUGGUCAACUGUCACUCAGCUAA